AUGGAUUACGGGCUGGAUGGUAACAUGAGGAUCAAUGUCGCAGAGUCACAACUUCAAAUCGAUUCUGUGACAGUGGCCACCGAAAACACCGACUUCGAUGAUUCUCAAAUCGGCAUGCUGGAACUCGAGAUCGAAAAUCUAAGUCUUGAACUGGAAGAAGAAAAGAGGAAAUCGAGCGGACAGCAAGCCGAAUGUGCAAAGCAUCUACAAGAACUCGAAGAUGCGGACCGGGAGCUCUUCCACUGCCAAACGGCUCUUCAAGAGAGCGAGGGAAAGCUAGCAAACGCCCAAGUAGAAAUCAGAGAUAAGAAUGAGGAAUUGACAGAUGCAGAAGAGGAGUUGAUGCAGUGUAGACAGCGCGUUGGGGAAUUGGAACAGCAGAUAGAGCAUAUAACUGAGCGAAAUCAGGAAGAAGCCCAAAUCAAUGAAGUCAAGGCGGUUAAACCGGAGAGCGAGCUUGAGGAGUCCCGGAAACAAUGCGCACAACAGGGUUCGCUCGGCCAACAACAAACACCUGCCUUGGAUCAGAUUAAUGAAUUGCUUCAGGAGACCCUGGAGGAGCAAGCAAGGCUCAUGAUUCAUACCAAAGCGCUCGAAGACCAAGUGGAAACGUUGAGGAGAGAACUUCAAAUCGUUCAAAAUGAGGCGGCAAACAAGACGGAAGAGAUGGAUGUCCUCCGCAGUUACCUUCGUGGAUCGGGGCAGCGCAAGUCAAAGAGCGAAAGAGACCCUCGAGAAACGGAGACCGAGAUGGAAAGGAAUCUAAUGAUCAGGGAUUCUAUGAUAGGCAGGUAUACACAUCAGAUCGAGGAACUCCAAGUUAAAGCGAGAAGAAUCCCACAAUUGGCCUCGCAGUUGUCUAAAUAUGAAUCCUUGCAUGCGACUUUGACAUCCCAAAGGGCGGCUCUAGCUUCAGAUAUGGAGACAAGCACGAAAGCCUUCGAGCAAAAAGAAAGUGAAAUGCGUUGUCGUAUGUUGAAAUUGGAGUCUACACUGUCAUCAUCGGAGGCUAAAAAUGUGGCAAUGAAAUCUGCAUACCAGAAGGAAAUUUGCGAUGUCAAAGCAUCCAAGAAUGCCCUUGAGCAAGAAAAGAAGAAGACAGCCAGACGUUUGGCAGAACUAGAGUCCAAGAACAAAACACUGGCCCGAGAUGUAAAGCAGAGAGAAGGCACUCAGAAGGCUCUCGAGGAAGCAAAGAGGACGCUAGAAAAGCGAGUUUCAGAUCUCGAAAAGGUGCGUGCUCAACAGCGUUCAUCUCUCGGUAUCGUGUUCUGCGUCGAUCUUAGCGGGAGUCUCCAUGGAAAUCCAGAGCGGCUGGCUAAGGAUGCCUUCAGGAAUCUUAUUAACAACCUAUGUGUGGAGGUUCCUGAUGCUCAUGAAGUCGCCUACAUUGAGCAGGCCAUCAGCACAGUUUCAGGAGAGACUGGCAUCGACCGUCGUGUCAUCCUGGGCAUGAUUAUGCAAGAGUCACAAGGCAACGUAUGUGUCUACACAACUUGCAGUGCUGACGACGUCCGGAACGCUGGGUUGAUGCAGUCGCAUAUUGAAGUGUCGUUCGAUCUAAACAAUGCUGAGCAAAGCAUUCUCCAGAUGGUCAGAGAUGGAGUGCAGGGCACACCAUUCGGUGAUGGUUUGGUCCAAGCUCUUGACUAG